CCGCUUUCGAUGACCUUUCGAUUGAGACCGGGAUAGCGUAAUAGAACUCCCUCAAUGGCCACUUUAGCGCGAGAAUUAAAAACAAGAAAGUGAUAUUAGGCGACACGUGAAUGGAAUGGUCGUGACGUCAUUCACUACAGAACAGUCCUUUACCUAGCUUGUUAAACACCUUCAAAGCUUGGUCUUAUAACAACCCAGUGUAGCUAGCUAGUUAAUCAAGAUGGAUUUUCGCUGGUGUCUGAGUGUUGGCCCAGUUAUAAUCUUGUUCUUGUCCAUCCUGCCUUCCAGCCAGUUGAAAACAGUUUUCUUGGAUAUACUUUGUUGUCGUGUGGGGGAAUCUCUAUCCAUAGAAAUACCUGAUGAUGACCAGUGUCCUGUGUCAAACUUCAGUGUAUGUACAGAGAAAAUUGGCCAAGUGUUCGAGUAUAGCAAGAAGCUGUCAGAGUUGACUGUGGAUCCACGUUAUCAGGACAGGAUCCAGUUGAAGAAUGACGCCAACGGCCUUGCUGUUGUAAUUUGGAAUGUAACCAAAGAAGAUGUAAAGCAACACUAUUAUGUUGACUGCGCUUCUACAAUUCUAAAGAGAUUUGUAAUUCAAAUUUCAAGAAGUAUUGAGAGUUCAACCACCACAGCAUUCCCCCAACCAUCUACAACCACACCAGGGGGUAGCACUGAGAGUUCAACCACCACCGCAGCCCCCCAACCAUUUUCAACCACACCAGGUCUACCUGUCGAACAUCUUGCUUGGCUGGUACUGGUACCAGUAUGCCUAGGCGGCGUAGUACUACACAUCAGGAAUCGUAAAAAGUUGAAUGAAGAACCUCUCUCGGCCGUGCUGUAGAUCCCAUCAUCCACCUAUGUUCUAAAUCAAAACACGUCAACGGGCCUCCCGGGUGGCGCAGUGGUUAAGGGCGCUGUACUGCAGCGCCAGCUGUGCCAUCGGAGACUCUGGGUUCGCGCCCAGGCUCUGUCGUAACCGGCCGCGACUGGGAGGUACGUGGGUGAAGCACAAUUGGCCUCUAGCGUCGUCCGGGUUAGGGAGGGCUUGGCCGGUAGGGGUGUCCUUGUCUCAUCGCGCACCAGCGACUCCUGUGGCGGCCCGGGCACAGUGUGCGCUAACCAAGGUUGCCAGGUGCACGGUGUUUCCUCCGACACAUUGGUGCGGCUGGCUUCCGGGUUGGAUGCGCGCUGUGUUAAGAAGCAGUGCGGCUUGGUUGGGUUGUGUAUCGGAGGACGCAUGACUUUCAACCUUCGUCUCUCCCGAGCCCGUACGGGAGUUGUAGUGAUGAGACAAGAUAGUAGCUACUAAAACAAUUGGAUACCACGAAAUAGGGGAGAAAAAGGGGUGAAAUGUAUCUUUAAAAAAAAAAAAAACAUGUCAACGGACAGCAGAACAACGAAAAUGAUGGCUUUGUUAUUACUAAGGUUGGCUAGGCACUGUGAUUUUGCCCUGUCUGUGGGCUUGCCAUGAAAAUUUCUAAUCAAUCAAAUCAAACUCAGGGGCAUGUUGAUUGCUGCUUAGCGCCUUUGGAAUCUUUUUGAAAGUGCUUUCUAAAUGCAAUGUCCCAUUCACUUCUAUUGGGCGUCAGCUAGUGGUGGCUUAAGUUAUGUGACGUUUUGAAGUGGCUGUUUUAAAGGGAACUGAACCAUUACUGUUUCUCCUGGCCCAAAGACUUGACAGAGUGAGGAGCCUAACAAUAAGUUGUUUAAAAUCCUAAACUAUCACUUUAAACCCUCAGCCUUACUGCACAACUACUGUACUUAUGAUUUUCUUCAACCUUUAUAACGCUUGAUCAUUGUCAGCAUUACAUUCUGUGUUCCCUAUUCGGGGAGACGUUUAUACAGAUGUGCACAAUUUACUGUACUGUCAUUACACUGAUACCAAAACCAUUAUGUUCUAUUGUAUGAUUACACCUCUUAUGAUGAUGGGAUCGUUCUAAUACGUAUUUAUGAUCCAAGAUUUUCUUUAAGGUCAACAUAGUUGGAUUUUAUUUGUAUUUUUUACUGAAAGUAAUUUGAAAGUAACAAAUUGUGCACACUGCUGUUUUUAAAUGCACUUUUGUGACAACCUGAUGUAUGUACAGUUAUCUAAUGAAUAUUUUUGCUAAUGUAGAUGUGAAUUGGCCCCUCGUGAUAUUAAGACUGGUCGAUACACAAACAUUCCUUCAGAUAAACGUGACUGUUCUUUUUGUGAUGAUGGUUCCCAAGAAAAAUUAGGGAUCUUUUUUGCCAACUGUCCAGCCAUAAUGAAAUGCUACAUUUGAUCAGGUAACAAUGUGAAUGUCUUUUCAAAGCUUGCUGUCUCAUCCUCUAUCACAGACCUUUUAGAAGUUCCUGAAUGUCCUCUUAUUUACUGUACUUUGUUUAUGUAUAGAUAGCAAUAAUGUUUAGAUGAUUUAAUCUAUUUUAGAGGACUCCAAGGAACAUUCUGUGCAAUGUUUGACUGACUGCUUUUAGUGUCUCAACUGUGU